AUUCUAGCAAGAUGGGUGAUCGUCCUUUUAUUGUCGGAUUUUCCUUCGGAAUUCUCCCUGUUAUCCUCGCUUACUUCAAGGGGUGGCUAUGGUUUCCUGCUGAACUGACAUGGGAGAAUCAAGGUUUUCUGAUACUGUGUGCUAUUGUCACUUUUAGUAACUACCUGAACGAGUAUCUCCAGUGGUACCCUCUCCAGUACAGUAAGUUCGCUCCAGAAGGGGGGUGUCCCGCUAGAGUUGGGUGGUUCAUCAUGUACUCCACUCCCGCUUUAGCUUACGUUAUUGUCUGGAACUACCUGGGUGCUCCCACCAGUUCGUACGAUCUGCUGAUGUUGGGUUUAUACUGUACUCACUUCACUAAACGGUGUCUGGAGGUGCUAUUUGUACACAAGUACAGUAAGGACUGCCUAUUUCUAACUGUUAUCGAGAUAGCCUCUUUCUACUCGCUUGGAGCUGUGGUUACCGCAUACUCUCUCCACAGACUCUCUGGACCUGACAGAAACUCUUUCCUUGACGAUGAGCUACGAGUGAAAGUAGGACUCUGUAUCUGGGUAACAGGGCAGCUGAUUAACCUGGUCCACCACUACAUUCUCUCUACUCUCCGGUCCCCUGGGUCCUACAAGUACAUUGUCCCUACUGGGGGGCUGUUCGGACUCAUUGUCUGUCCUCAGUACUGCGGAGAGCUGACAUCGUGGUUGGGAUUCGGUCUGAUAGGAUACAGUUUCGGAGCGUUUGUCAACUACGUUCCCAUGGUAGCGUACCUCUGUGCACGUGCACAUCACACUUAUAGGUGGUACGGUACCAAGUUUGAUGACUAUCCUGGUAAAGGUACCAUGAAGCUGUGGCCUUGGGUUUACUAAGAACUGGAGAGAAGCUGUGGAGACAUGGCUGUGGAGGCAUGGCUGUGGAGGCAUGGCUGUAGAGACAUGGCUGUGGAGACAUGGCUGUGGAGACAUGGCUGUGGAGACAUGGUCCAUGGAUGUGGAGACAUGGCUGUGGAGACAUGGCUGUGGAGACAUGGCUGUGGAGACAUGGCUGUGGAGACAUGGCUGUGGAGACAUGGCUGUGGGGACAUGACUGUGGAGACAUGGCUGUGGAGACAUGGCUGUGGGGACAUGACUGUGGAGACAUGGCUAUGGAGGCAUGGCUGUGGAGACAUGGCUGUGGAGACAUGGCUGUGGAGACAUGGCUGUGGAGGCAUGGAGACACAUAGUACAUUUGAAUUAAUAGUUGAAUCUUAUUUUCCUUCAGCUUAAAUCUUUAUAUUUUGGGUGUUAACUGUUUACUGUUACCAGUAUAAAAACGGUAUUGGAUGAUCAAACCAUAUAUUAUUUUUACCUCAGUAUAGCUGAGUAGAACUUUGCAUGCUAGUGUAAAAUAUGGGCGGCCUAAUGUCUUGCAGGGCUAGUUACAGGUUAUGAGCUGCUUUUCAACCGAUUACAAGCUUACAAUGGCGUCACAAUGGCGUCACAAUGGCGUCACCUGACCUGCUGUCUCCAGACUUGGCCAAAAGCCAGGUUUCUCUCACUUACUAUCCUGACCCUGAUUAGUUGAGAGACUUUAGUUAAGAUGAGUUGAUUUGAUAGGAGCUGCAUUUGUUAAUCAUGUUAAUACUUAUGUUUAUAAACUUUAGAGUUAACGUUAAUGUUAACAAUCGUGCUGUACAGUAGUUUGUGAGAAUUCAAAAUAGAGUUGGUGUUAUUAGGGGUCGUUCACAUAUUACAUAAU